AAUAACUCGGAAAGAAGGAAAACACAUUCUGGAGGGAGAUUUAACAUUCCAACGAGUAGCUUUUAGAAGUAGCUGUCCACUCUACGAAAGCUUAAUUUAGUUUGGAAUGAAUAACUAAAACAUGGAGUUCAACAGUGACAUUCAGUCGGUUUUGAAAGGGGGAUACCACUGCAAACUUUGUGAUAUUCAUGUACCUAACAAAGCCAGUCUUGAUGAUCAUUUGAAAGGUCGAAAGCAUCAGAAGCUGUCCAGUGUACGUGCAACCCGCAAGGCACAGGCAGAGAGCAGCCUGUUUGUAACUGGGUUUGCACGUGAGACAUCUCAGCUGCAGUUGAUCGACUACUUCCAGCACUUUGGAUCUGUAGCAGAAGUCAUUAUUGACAAGAAAAAGGCUGUGUAUGCCAUUGUGCAGUUCAGUGAGAUAGAGGGAAUGCAGUCUGCAUUCUCUCAUUCUCAGCAUGUCCUGGAUGGCCAAAAACUUUGUGUUAAGCCAAGGGAGAAGAAGGAGUUCAGAUAUAUCCCCAAAAAGAAGCAGGAUCCCAGGAACUUGCAUCAAUGUGUUGAGCAUCUGUCCCAGGAACUGUGCCAAGCUGCAUCUGUCAAUGAGCAAAUGCACAGAGUGGUGGAGAGCUUCCAGCUGUCUGAGGCCGAAAAGGAAGUACGGAACUUGUUGGUAGAGCUGUUGCAGGGUGUCUUCACAGAGUUUUUCCCAGAGUGUUGCCUCCAGCCCUUUGGCUCUUCUGUCAAUACCUUUGAUAUUCACUCAUGUGACCUGGACCUCUCCCUAGACCUGGAGAAGACCAAAACCUUCCAGGCCCGGGUCAAAGGCUCUUCAGAUCAGGCUCAAGAGUGCCGAUCAGAGGACAUACAGUCAGAGGACUCCAUCCUAUCUGAUAUCGACCUGUUCACUGCCUCUACGGCUGAGGUACUGGAUCUAGUGGCAGCUGUCUUGAGAAAGUGUGUACCUGGAGUGCACAAAGUUCAGGUGCUCAGCAGCGCCCGUCUCCCUGUGGUCAAGUUCAGUCAUCGGGAGUUGGGCCUGCAGGGAGAUAUCACCAUAAACAACAGGCUGGCGGUCAGGAACACCCGAUUGCUCCAGCUAUACUCCAGGCUGGACGCAAGACUUCGCCCCCUCGUGUAUUGCAUUCGUUACUGGGCCAAGCAGAAGCACUUGGCUGGCAACCCAUUUGGUGGUGGACCAUUACUGAACAACUAUGCCCUGACUCUGCUGAUCAUCUUCUUCCUGCAGAAUCUGGAUCCCCCUGUUCUCCCUUCCGUAAACCAGCUGAAAGAAAUGGCCUGUGAAGAGGAGGAAUGUGUAAUUGAAGGCUGGGAUUGCACCUUUCCCAGCCAACCAAUUGCUGUGCACCCCAGCAAGAACACAGAAAAUCUCUGUGCCCUGCUGGCUGGGUUCUUCUCAUUCUAUGACCAGUUUGACUUUUCUGGAUCUGUCAUCUCCCUUCGGGAGGGCCAACCCCUGCCCGUCACUGGCUUCCUCAGUAAGACAGUAGGGGAAGAGGAGUUGAUGGAGCAGCUAGGGAAAGCAGGGGACUGUAGCCUCAAAAACAUCAGACUUGGGCCUGUCAAUUUGCUGGAUCCCUUUGAGCUCUGCCACAAUGUGGCUGGAAAUUUGAACGAGCGUACACAAAAGGGGUUCCGCCGGGAGUGUGAGGAAGCAGCUAAAUACUGCCGUAGCCUGCAGUACCAACGGAAAUCAACAAAGGGGAAGGUGUGGGGAUUGGUGCGGCUGUUUGAACCCCUUGGUGGGGGAACACAGGGGUUGAGCAGAGAUACCGAACGGGAACUGGCAAUUAGCAUUCCCUUCAAAGCAGCUAUGCUCCCUGACUCUGUCCGCAGUGAACUUCUCUUGGCUAGAGGCCUCUUUCGGCAGCUGUGGUUCAAGAAAGUGUGCCAAGCUGUGGUUGGUGUGCUCCAGGAUGUGCUCAAGUGUAGUGUGGCUCCGUCCGAUAAGCCUGUGAAGGCUCGAGUGAGGCAGGAGGAAUUGGAGCAUGGUGAGGGGACAGACUGUGCUGCAUCAGCUCAUAUAGGUCCUGUCAAUGAAGAUGUGAAGCAGGAUGUCUCCGUAACUGACUGCACUCUGCCAGCCGGUGAGAAUGGAUUGAAUGUUCAAGAAGCAAAAAAUAGCUGUGCAUGUCCCUCCUCUUUAAUCAAGGAGUGCAGUCCUCAGGACACAGUCCUUGUUGGGUUGAAGAGGCCCUUAUGUCGAGAUGAUACUCUGGUAUCACCUCCUAAUAAAAAACAGAUGCUGGAUUCUGCCACCAUGCAGCCUUUAGCCCACUGGCACUGCCUGCUCUGGCACAGGGUUUGGGUAGGGCGCAGAAAAGUAAGACACAAUCUGCUCAAGAGUCUGCGGGAGGCCUCCAAGCCAGAGGUAGGUGGCAUAGAGCUGGAAACCUGUGUGACUAAGUCAAUUGCUCAAGAGAAUGAAGAAGCACAGAAGCUGCUAGAGUUUUCAAUGGAGGCAGAGCUGCUGGGUUGCACAGAUGACACCCAGAUUAUUUUGAAGUUCACCCCUGGUGAGGACCAUGGAGGCCUCUUUCAGGACUUCUUCCACUUCCUGGAGUCCUUCCUGCCAAAGAUGACCGAGAAACUCCUGGCAAAGUUGAAGUAGCGUGAAAAAAAGAUAAAUAAAAUGUUUUUCUUUGAUGUGAACAUGGUAUCACUAGAAUAAUGCAUGGUAAUUAAUUUAACCUAGAGCCGCUUAAGAGACAAAACAAAUGUGUGCACUGUACAGUAGCUUAUAAAUACCAAAUGCCAUUCUGCCAAAGAUUUUGUGAUUACCAUGACUCUUUAGAAGGCAGCAAGAAUUUGCUUUUGAGUUUAAGUUUUAAUUUUCGUUACUGAUUCUUUUUGAUCGAUAUUGGAUUUCCCUGCCCAGUGUUUCCCCAGGUUGAGACCAUAGAGAUAGAUAGAUGUUCCCUUAAUGGUUGACAGAGGGUGUCCUUCUGAAGUCACUGUUUAGAACACACAUGCUCCUUAUAGAUGUAACUCAUCGUAGUCUUUGGGAUUUUACAAUGCAUUUGAAAGCCGUUAAAAUGAUAUGCCAAAUGUUGUAAAAAGGCAAAUUAAAAUCUAUUCUCUGGGGGGAAAAACUGAUUUAUUUUUCUUUUUCUUUUAAUUAAAAAUUCAACACCCAUUAUGGAUCUGAGUAUGUCUACCAAGGGCGGCCUGUAGCGUAGUGGUUAAGGUAAAAAUGACUGGGACACGCAAGGUCGGUGGUUCUAAUCCCGGUGUAGCCACAAUAAGAUCCGCACAGCCGUUGGGCCCUUGAGCAAGGCCCUUAACCCUGUAUUGCUCCAGGGGAGGAUUGUCUCCUGCUUAGUCUAAUCAACUGUACGUCGCUCUGGAUAAGAGCGUCUGCCAAAAUGCCAAUAAUGUAAUGUAAUGUAAUUGCCAGUCCAUUGUGAUUCGGGAGUGUCUUUUCCUCCACACAGUUCUCCUACAAAAUACAUAUUUGUCACUAGCUUCUUCUUUUCACACCGCAGUCUACAGCUAAACUUGCAUAGAGUGGAGUCAGAGCAACUGAUGCAAUCACCAAUUGCACAUUGCGCUUUGGAAUACUGGCCACAUUAGGCACUGGAAAGAAACUUAUUUACUGCAAUGCACAUUUUAUCCAGUUUGGAUAGAUUUGAAGACACUAAAGGAUGCCAUCAUACAUUGUUUCAUACAACCUUGUAGGAAUAAGUACAUGUAGUUUUACAUGUACAUAUUCCUCUAAAAUGUUGUACACUAGUGGAAAAGUACUGUGUUAACCAGGAAAUAUAAAGUACGAGAGAUGUGCUGUAAACUAAGAAUUACAACAUUUGUUUUGUACAUUUAUAAUGUACCUAAAGAUUAUGUACCUAAAGAUUAUGGAAAUAAAUUAUUUUAAACUGUCAAAUUAACUGAUACAGGGGUCUUCAAUUUAGGGCAUAAUGUCUAAUGUGCACAUCUGGAGUUAUAAAGCCUUAAACAACUGCGCAAAAACCAGCUUAAUUAGUAAUAUGCCAUUUUGCUCAGAGUACAUACAACAUACUCCCUAUACUUAAAAGAAAGUAGUUUUAAGGUGGCUGUACUAUAAAAUACACGCUAUUACUAAAGGUCAAUAACAGUUUUCCAUAGCCUGCUACAUGUGCAUUCACCCUUAAGUGUCACAGUGAGUGAAUUAAAGUGAAUGAUCCAGUGAUCCAGAGAAAAAAAUUAAGACGUCAGAGGAGAAUGGCCAGACUGGUCAAAGCUGACAGGAAGGCAACAGUUAAGCAAAUAAUCACACAUUACAACAGUAGUAUGCAGACAAGCAUCUCUGAACACACAACACAUAACUCUUAAGUGGAUAGGCUACAGCAGUAGAAGUAAAAAAAAAAGUCUAAUACCUAAUAGAGUGCUUGUGAGUGUAUAGGCUAUAUUCUGCUCUGACAUCUCAUUAAAAAGGCAUUUCUGUGCACAAAA